AUGGAUCAGUCAUUUAAUUCGAUAUUCAUGCUCUACGCGCUUAACCUCGCCGUUUACCAUGGUAGCAAAAAGGCGCCUAGGUGUAUUGUAUUUCUUACAGACUGCUCCUGUGUGCGGUUAAUACUAAUUGAUACGGCCGGACUGCAUCCCUUUCCAGCGAUGCGAGAGUUGAGAAUGCGCGGCGGCAAUGCCUUCCUACUGGUCUUCUCCUAUGACGUUCCGGAGUCUCUGGACGAAGUGAUGCGACUUCACCAAGACUUGCGACGAAUAAAAGGCGAAAAGUUUGAUCCCAAAAGCGUAAUUUGUGUUGGCAACAAGACAGACUUAUUGUCGAUUCCGGUUUUUCACGCUACCGAUGACCCUGUCUCACGGGAAAGCAAAAUCAACGACACAGAACACACACAAACUACCCUACCGAAGUGUGACCCUUUGCUUAACGAGAUGCAAGGCAAGGCCAGGGCCCUAGUCGACCAACUCGGCUGUCCCCUUAUCGAAACCAGUGCCUUUCUCGGACGAAACGUCCUCGAGCUCUUCCACUCCGUGCUUUGGCCCAUGCUCCUUGCCAGCUGGUCACCGACCCAAGUCAGUCAGGCCAACAUUGCCGGCGGGUGCUUGGACGAGGACUCGUCGCUACGCAGGCAGUGGGAAGCGGAAACGGUCAGCAAGAAAAUCAGCUGGCCCUGGAGAAACGAGUCUGAGCACCCGACCGCAUUUCUAGUCAGUUCAAGCAUCAGUCCCUCGAAAAACUUCCCAACAGCCCAACCCGAUGGCCAAACGGAGAGACAACGAAAAAUCAGUCGUGUUGAAAGCGAAAUGCUCACCAAAGGAAAGCUCUCCGGAUCGAAGGACGAGGUGAAUCGCAAAUUCAGCAUGGGCUCUCGACUCGUCCCCUCACCCAAUAGCAACUACCUGCAGGUCAACAAUUAUCAAUUCAAUCGACCCGCAUCGCGCAGUCAUUCGGUCGACAACUCGCUGGUUGAAAAGGCUGAAUUAUAUCGCGACUCCAAUUCCACAUGCAGUCCUACCUCUGGAAGAAGCUACAGUUCGCUUAGUUCCGUUGAGAAGGAAAAUUUCUGGAAGUUGUCAGUUCAUUCGGACACACGCUGCAAGUUUGGACGAUUUCUUAGUCCUAGUCCAAAAGGCAUCACAAGAGAGUGUGAGGCAGCCGCGGAAAAGUGUCCCUACUCACUUGACUAUGUUCAAGAAGUUGGUUACUACCUAGACCCCUCCAAUAGACCAGAGGAUAGUAGUGAGUCCCUUGUUCCGCAGAUCCCCUGCCUCCAACUGGGCGUCGGACGCCGCGGACGAGCGUCUCAGUCGCCGCGGGAGCGCAUUAAAAAACUCAGCGUCUUCGGUCAGCCAAAUUUUCAUCGGGGAGAUCAAAUCUACGAAGCUAAUGAAUCCACAAUUUCUCGUAGUGAGCAUGAAAUUAACCUCAUCGUCCCUGGACCUAACGCAAGGGUCAUUGCUGACAAUGCUAAAAAAGGCCCUAACUGCAAAAUCAGCUGA